AUGAGCAACGACAUACCGGAACGAAUGGCGGCGGAGGAGCAGCCAUACUGUAUAUGGCAUCCCGACAUGGCCACCGAGGACACCUACCGCUCAUUGGCCUCUAAAUUCCCCGACAUGCGCUAUCAAGUCGGCCGUGCCUGUGCUGCAGCUGGUUACCACGCCCUUUGUCAUGAGCUUGAUAUCCUGCCUGAAGUGUCCAUCGCUGAAGAGGCGCGAGAAAGCGAGACAGAUGGCGGGAAACUCAUCUAUGACGAGAUCAUGAGUUUCAAGUAUCGCUAUUCCAUCAUGGACGAUUGCAAACGCACCAUCAAACUGAUCGACUAUGAACGCCCGGCGUAUCUAAAGGGCAACACCGAAGUGCGAUGGCGCUUGACAGCUCGACAAGGUGUUACACGCCGGUUCAACGACGACCUCCUUCCAUGCAUCGAAGAGGACAUGCAUCUAGACCUCGAGGAUCAGCAAGUAGAUGAAAGGCAUGGAACGCUGACCGAUGACGAGGCGAAUCUGCUCCAUAGUCCUCUGCCUCGGGAUCUGCCGACGGUAAAGAAGACUUUGCUGACACAGAUGGCCGCCCACGACGGCAACAUCGAACGCUAUGCCCGGCUCGCCAACUCUGGAAGAACUUUGACUCAACUAGAUCAAGACUGUGUCAUCCGUGGUGUCUUGCAUCACACUAUGUAUGCUCGUUAG